AUGGUUCGAGACGUCGCCGCCAAGGCAGGACUGCCAUCAGAUUUCCUCUGGGGCUUUGCGACGGCAGCAUACCAAAUCGAAGGUGGUGCCACUGCAGACGGCCGCGGUCCAUCGAUAUGGGACACGUUUUGCAAAAUGCCAGGCAAAAUCGCCGAUGGCAGUUCUGGGGAUGUCGCGUGUGACUCGUACCAUCGCACAGCACAGGACAUUGAACUGUUACAAAAGACCGGUGCCAAAGCAUACCGCUUCUCGAUCUCAUGGUCCCGCGUCAUCCCCAAGGGCGGCCGCAAUGACCCGAUCAACCAGGCCGGCCUUGACUUUUACGUCAAACUGGCCGACGACUUGCUCGCUGCUGGGAUCACGCCGUUCGUGACGCUCUUCCACUGGGACCUGCCGGACGAACUCUACAAGCGGUACCGCGGGUUCCUCAACAAGGACGAGUUCGUGGCCGACUUUGCCCACUACUCGCGCGUCGUGUUCGAGGCUCUGGGCUCCCGCGUCAAGCACUGGAUCACGUUUAACGAACCGUUCUGCAGUGCCAUCUUGGGACACAGUCUCGGUGUCUUUGCUCCCGGACACACCAGCGACAGGACCAAGAGUCCUGUGGGCGACUCGAGUACCGAGCCGUGGAUCGUGGGCCACAGUAUCCUCGUCGCACAUGCCCAUGCGGUCAAGAUCUACAGAGACAAGUUCAAGGAAAGAGAUGGCGGAGAGAUAGGUAUCACGCUGAACGGCGACUGGGCUGACCCAUGGGAUCCCAACGACGAACAAGACCGUAUCGCAUGCGAUCGCAAGAUUGAGUUUGCAAUCAGCUGGUUCGCCGACCCGGUAUACUUUGGCCAUUACCCGGAGAGCAUGGUCAAACAGCUCGGUGCCAGGUUACCCACGUUCACAGAAGAAGAGAGCAACCUGCUCAAGGGCUCGAACGACUUUUACGGCAUGAACCACUACUGUGCGAACUACGUCCGACAUCGCGAUGGAGAGGCCGACCCCGAAGAUUUCAGUGGUAACUUGGAUAUUUUGUUUGAGGACAAGUUCGGCAACAGCAUUGGUCCUGAGACGCAGAGUUUCUGGCUGCGCCCUCACGCCCCCGGGUUCAGGAAGUUGAUCAAGUGGCUGAGUGACCGGUACGGACGGCCGAAGAUCUACGUGACCGAGAACGGAACGAGCAUCAAGGGCGAGAACGACUUGCCCAUGGAGGAGAUUCUGGAGGAUGAUUUCCGCCUCGAGUAUUUCCGAAGUUAUAUCACGGCCAUGGCUGAGGCGGUGGCCGAAGACGGGUGCGACGUUCGUGGAUACAUGGCUUGGAGUCUCAUGGAUAACUUUGAAUGGGCCGAGGGUUACGAAACGAGAUUUGGCGUCACGUACGUGGAUUACGAGAAUGGUCAGAAGAGGUAUCCCAAGAAGAGCGCGUUGGAGAUGAAGAAUAUCUUUGAUCAAUUCAUCGGAAAGGUGUAG